GCCUACCCCCUCCUCACAUCAAUGGCGCGCGCUGCGAACAGAUGAUACAGCAUUGCGCCUUAUGAGCUCAAACACGGAACAAAAGACGUCCUCUUAUCGGAAUGGUGGGAGCCGGAAUGUGGGAAGUAUAGAAGUUGUUGUGAAGGCAUUAUUGAAGGGGAAAUAUUUUUCGGGUCGCUGAUUUAAAGGGCUGUACGUGUUGCCAAAUCCGCGAGACGCGCGUUACUCCCCACCAAGCUACAGGGGAGGGACACCGCCGAUUUUUUGACUUUGCGCUCUGGCUGAAGGGGAGGGGGUCCGCAGACCGAAAUUGAUGGUAGUGGGCUACUGAGAGACUACUCCUGUUAAAUAAUAAAGGCAAAAUACACCUUUCAGUCGAAUACAACAGAGUUGGUGAAACGGGACGGUGGUUAAACAUGGAGAUAUCACAGCAGGAGAGACUCCAGGCUAUAGCGGAGAAGAGGAAGAGGCAGACAGAGAUCGAGAACAAGAAGCGGCAGCUGGAAGAUGACAAGAGACAGCUCUCGCAUCUCAAGCAAAAGUCUCUGAGGGAGAGAUGGCUGUUGGAUGGAGCUGCUGGAACGGAGCAAGAUGAGGCCAAGAAGCAGCUGGCAGAGGACGAGGCAAAGCUCAAGUUGAUGGAGGAAAGCAUCAAUAGGAUGGAACAGGAACUGGAGGAACUGGAGACGGGCAUUUCGGCAACCUCCACCAAAGAGAGCCUCACUGACGCAGCCAAGGAUGGGGAUGACAAACAGACAGCAGACAUCAAAGCUCCAAGAAGCAAUGUGCAAGAGGUAAAGGAAGUGCUCAAAGAGCACAACAGCCCUCGUCUGGACAUACCCAGUGGUGCGUCAGAUGGGAGAGCAGAGGUUAAGAAAGUGUUCAAAGUGCACAACAGCCCUCGUCUGGACAUAUCCAGAGGUGCCUCAGAUAUGAUGAGAGCGGCCAUGUACUCAGUAGAGAUCACCGUGGAGAGGGACAAUGUCACGGGAGAGACUAAGGUGUUGUCCACCAACACCCUACUACCUGUUGACCUCUGCGGGCAAGGGGUCAAGGUGUAUGAGGAUUACCAGAAAGUGGUACAUGAGGUGAACGGGGAGAACGGAGUCCACCAGCUCAGCGCCAGCGAGGUGGAUGAGCUCAUCCACAAAGCGGACGAGUCCAUGAUGAGUGACGUCACCACAGCCGGGGCCACGGCUCCAGUCGUCCCCGCCCACGCCGAGCUGGCCGCCGAGCAACCGGCCACGCCCCAGAAGGAGAUCACGGGCAUGGAGGCGAAGGCGGGUGGUGCCAGUCCCCAGUCGGGAGGAGGCGAGGUGGAGGCUAGCGCGGAGAACCCCGUCACCAUGGUGUUCAUGGGCUACCAGAGUGUGGAGGACGAGACGGAGACCAGUAAGGUGCUGGGUCUGGGGGGGACCGUCAAGGCGGAGCUGGUGGUCAUCGAGGACGGCGCGGGCAAGAAUGUGACGGUGGGCCCGCCUCCCGCUGCCGUCACCGUGACGGAGGGAGGGGUCAAGGAAGAGCGGUCGGCCCCACCCAACGGCAGCGCCGCCGACCCCGCCAAGAUCCCCAAGGAGACGACCCCUGUGGGGGAGAAGGGGGGCGAGCCAGAGGGGGCCGCGACGGAGACCAACAACAAGGAGAAGCAGCCCUGCAAGUGCUGCAUCAUAAUGUAACCCCCCCCCCCCCUCGGGGACCUGACCUUUCAAGGAUAAAUGAUGACAACAACAACAACAACCGUAUGGUCAAGAAAACCAACAACAACCCCCCCCCCCCCAACACUCCCAAACAAAAAAGGCAUAAAUGUUCUGUAUCUUUUGAUAGCCGGCUGUUGUUUUCCAACUUCAUUUACAUCUCUGUUUAUAUCUUUUCAUUCUUUUUACUUUUGAGUUAUUUUCGGUUUUGUUGUGACUAAAAUGGAUGCUUCCAAUGGUGAGCAAUCCCUGGGUUCCCACGCCUUGAGAUUUCUGAGGGAUUGAUGAAGUGGUGAUAGAAGAGGAAAUUUAGAGGGGGGGGGGGGUGUGAGAGGAAUGGCUUCCUUCACUCAGCCAGGAUUGCCCAACAACCAUCUCUUAUACACUGUCAUGAAUUUUGUAAUCCUAACUUUCUGUAUGAAGGACAGAUAUAUAUAUAUAUAUAUAAUCUCUCUAUAUAUAUAUCUCUAUAUAUGAAUUCUUUAUUUUAAAGAUAUAUUUAUUUGACUUUUUAUUUUUUUUAAAGCCCUCUGGAAACAGGUUUUUGACAAAAGCAUGGUAUAUAUUGUGCUUUUUAUCCUUUGCUAGUGCAUUUUAGAUACGAACACGAGGAAUUUUCUUUCUCAACACUUGUGUUGGAAUAUUUAUAGCUGAUAAAAAGCUGUGAGAGAAUUCUCUUGGAUUUUGUUUUCCAGAAAGAAAAUAAAAAAUUAAAGUGACUUUGGAUUUUCUGAGACAGACACCCCACUACUAAUUGGUGAUAUACUAAGAGAUGUCAGUGAAAGUGAAAACAGUGUAAAUUGUACCUGGGUGUGGUUAGGGUCUGUGCAUGUAUGCUUGUAUGAGCAAUGCAUGAAUGUGUAUGCGUGCGUGUGCUUGAGUCUGUCUAUGUGUGUUAGACUACAAUGACCUCAUUGGUCCUUAUACCAUACUACACUACCCAGAGUCCCCAUCAGGUCUUUUCUUUCUGGAAGAAAAACAAUCCACACCAUUUUGCCGCAACCAAAUCAAGUAGAGUAGUUCGACACUAGCAAUCAAUUUAAUAACGUGUGAAAGUCUUUCAUACCGAAGCUUGAGACUGAUGAAAUGAAUGCCUUUGUGUAAGCCUUAAUAUUAUUGUGAUUCACUUCACCCCCAUUUAACUACUUUACCCAGAAUACACUACCCCUUUAAAAUAAAUAAUGCUGAUUACCUCUGCCUUUGUGAUAUCAGUAUUAACUACUUUUCAUUAAUUUAAAGACAUAAUUCAUCUUUGCCUUCUAACGUGAUGACCUAGCUGCCAACAGCUUUUGAAAUAACGGUCGGCCGUGACAGCCUCAUGAAAGGCCCAUUCAAUAUCCCAAAGAAUUUUGUCUGGAUAAUGAGUACUGUGGAAUUGGUUCAUAGACCAUAGUCCGUUACUAAAGACCUUGGCACACAAGCGAAUGUACCAAACUGUGUUGAAAAUACUGUUGUUGGGGGUCAUAUGCCCCCCCCCCAAGAGUUGGUUUCCUGUUUUCCAGUUUGGACGUGACGGCCAGGCCUUUGUUUUGUCAUUCAGGGAAAACCAAACAGUUCAAGUAAGCCUAUUCAUCAAGCAAAACAGGGCAUUUCAACAUUUUUACAUGCCUAGAAGUCAGAAUCUCCCUCAAAAAUCAAGUUCUCUCCAAAUUCAAUAACUUUUGUUUACUUACUUUUAGAGAAAAAUCUGUGUAUUUGCAGUGUGACCAGCUGCGUUUUACUUACCCCCAGCUUUUGUGUUGAGUGCCUCUAGCUGUAGCCAUAAAUUUUUUCCUUUUUGCUUAUUUUUUACUUUUUGGAGCCACAUUUCCAGCUGAGCUGAGAGUUACAUUGUCAUUGUUUGGUGCAUUUUUUCCAGUGGUGAGUUGAGUCAGUUGAGUUGGAUGUGUCAAUCUAGGAGUUGGAUCUUUUCAGCCAACACCCUGACAAAAAAA